AGGUGCCUGCAAGCACCAGGAUAGUAAGUAGGUUGAUGUGUCUACCUGGUAUGGUGCUGGUAGAAGUGGUGCUACCGGACUCCUCGGACAUGCGCAAUGUGAGAUGAUCAAAGUUCGAGGACAGCCCGGGGUUGGAGUCCUCAAGAUCCUCACAUAAGCACAAUAAGCUUCUGCAGAGCCAGCGGACAGUCGUAAGUGGUAUCAGGUAUGAACCCUCUCGGGCGCGGAGUAGAAACAUAUAUUCUCCCGAGUCAACGCUGUGGAUGCCGCCCAAUCCUCCCAUCCAUUUCCCACCAACAAGCGCAUUUCCUACUACCCUCCUCAUCCCGCAAAUCAAGUAGAUCGCGCCAGAUCAUUGCCAGCACUGCUCCCAAUCAAAUCCCAUCACCGUCGGAAGCAGGUAUAUCGUCGGUUGGGCUACUUUAGAGAACCGCAAGGGACAUUACUGCGGAGGUAGCAACAGCAACGACAACAACCAACGAUGCCUUUCAUCAACUUCGAGACCACCACCCCGACAAAAGCUUUACACAGCUCCAAGAAGAAGCCCAUAAACAUCGAACGGGAGAAGCCAGAGUAUUGCUGCUCCCUGACGGGGAGCGAAGCGAGGUUUGAGGUCAGGCCGGGAAACUUACCCGGUGUGGAUGACCCGUUAGGAGCACCCGUCGCACACGACGAGCGCAUCAAAUCUGGUAGAGAAAACAUGGGAGAGACGACGGGAACGGGGGCUGUUAUCAAACGGCUCUUUCAGCGAAGGAAGACAUUCGAGUCAGAGCCAAAGAAGACAACCCAAGAAGAUAAAGACCAGCCAAACACCAACAUAUCAUCUUAUUUAGAGUGCAAUCCCGACAACACUACACCUCUUGAACGAAUCCAUCCAUCCAUCCCAUACACUCUGGCAUACUACCAUCUCCGCUGGGUGCGAGGUGCAACAUCGCGCGCCGAGCAGAGGGCAAGGGCAGCCGAGCUCAGCUGUUUCGGUGCCGGGGUCGGCCGACCCGGCCUGAAGUUCUGGGCCGUUCCUCGCUGGCACAACGACACCUUUUUCGUCCAGCAGCUGGUCCAAUUCACCCUUACCCCGAAGCGGCGGUAUCCCGUGCCGGGUCGCGAGUUCGGGGGGAUGGCGUGGCCGACGGACAAGAAGUGGUCCUUUAAGCCCUGCCUGCAUAUCAAGCACCAAUUCCUCGGCUGCCGAUUCACAAAGACACACGGACGCUCCGAAGUAAUAAAGGCCAAAUACCGGACGACCGGUAUGAGGAGGAUCUCCGCCACUGAUGAGACGGAGUGGACGAGCGCCGAAGGGACCACCUCCACGGACUGGAACUGCCGGUACUGUUGCACGGACAGUUCGGUGACGAUAGGCAUGGUGGACGGCGAAGUAUUGGUCUCCAUACACGUGUUUAGAAAUCUCGGUAGCGCGCACACCCCUUUUGAUCCCAACUGGCUGGCGGCGCAGCAGCGGGAGGCUAGUAUGAGAGGCAGGACAAACGAGGCCAGGGCCGGCUUAACCCGACAAGCCGUACUCGAGGCGGCGGAACACAGUAAAGAGCACGACCUCAUUCUACCCGAAGGACAGUUAUCCUAUCUACAGAACAGUUAUAAUACGUUUAACCCCUGUUAUCCUCACUAAAUUAUGGGGGUUUCUUAUCGAGGAUCGUGCGAGGACUAGCCUGAUAUAAAAUUUGAGCCAGCGUGAAUAGUUGCAAUUCUUACGUAUUCGCAGUUCAAUCAAGCGUCAGUCCCUGCUCACCCCUUUUCCCGUAGCCUU